AUGAAAAAAUUCAUUAGAUCAGAUAAGGAGCAUUGGAGGCUGCUACCUGUGGUCAAGACAUCUAGGACAGCACUGCUGAACAGCUGUAAUCUCACAGAGAAAUGCUGUGAGUCACUGGCUUCAGCUCUCAGAUUAAACUCCUCACCCCUGAGAGAGCUGGACCUGAGUGACAAUGACCUGCAGGAUUCAGGAGUGAAGCUGCUCUCUGCUGGACUGGGGGAUUUGCACUGUAAACUGGAGACUCUGAGGCUGUCAGGCUGUAGAGUCACAGAAGAAGGCUGUUCUUCCCUGGUUUCAGCUCUAAGGUCAAACCCCUCACACCUGAGAGAGCUGGACCUGAGCUACAAUCACCCAGGAGACUCAGGAGUGAAGCUGUUCUCUGCUGUACUGGAGGAUAACAGCUGUAAACUGGAGAAGCUGAAUGUGGAUCACGGUGGAGAGUGCAGGACCAGACCAGGCCUACAGAAAUACUCCUGCCAGCUGAUACUGGACCUCAGGACAGCACACAGACGCCUGUCUCUGUCAGAGGGGAACAGGAAGGCGACAUGGGGGACAAAGGAGCCAUAUCCUGAUCAUCCAGAGAGAUUUGACCGCUGUUACCAAGUUCUGUGCAGAGAGAGUCUGACUGGUCGGUGCUAUUGGGAGGCUGAGUGGGGUGGAGCUGGAGCCUGGAUAGGAGUGACUUAUAAAGGGAUCAGGAGGAAAGGACAGAGUACUGACUGUGCACUUGGAGCCAAUGACAAGUCAUGGAUUCUGAUCUGUGAUCCUCACAGUUACUCUGUCCUGCACAAUAAUAAACAGACUGUCAUAACCAUAGAGCCUUCAGGCUCCCACAGAGUAGGAGUGUAUCUGGACUGGGAGGCUGAUGCUCUGUCCUUCUACAGAGUCUCCUCUGAUGGACUGACCCUCCUGCACAGAUUCACCUCCUCAUUCACUGAACCCCUCUGUCCAGGGUUUGGGCUUUAUAUAAACUGCUCAGUAUCACUGUGCAUGCUGGGAUAGCUUACUGUGUGCUGGAGAAAUCAUUUUUACUGUAUCACGCAUGUUGCUGGUUCUUCAUGGUAACUCUGCUUUUUAACUUGUAUAAUCCUUUUUUACUCUGAAAUAUAUGUUAGACAAAUAAUAAUAAUAAUAACGGGGUUCAGCAAGGUGAACAAACAUGCAAAAUGACAGGUUUUCUGUCUGACUAAAAUGAACCAGUAAAGUGUAAUCCUGAU